GAUAAAAUUAACAUUUCAUAUAUUGGGAGCCUCAAACUUCAUUUUCCCAUCAGUAGCUACAAGCUCUUCUAUCAUUACUAUCAAUCUGCAGCAAGAUCUUCAAAAUUAGCCAUGGCCUCCCAAAAUCAUCAGCUUCAUUUCCUUCUUCUUCCUAUGAUGUCUCAGAGCCAUCUCAUCCCCUUCACAGAGAUGGCCAAGCUUCUUGCUCACCGUGGCCUUACUGUUACAAUUCUCAUCACACCCCUUAAUGCAGUGAGAUACAAUAAAAUUAUUGAUUAUGCCAAAAAUUUUAACCUCAAAAUCCAAUUUCUUUCUGUCCCAUUUCCAUGCAAAGAAGCUGGUCUCCCUGAAGGAUGUGAGAAUAGAGAUUCACUCCCUUCUCCAGAUUUGGUCCCAAAUUUCUUUAAAGCAGGCAAUAUGCUACAAUUCCCAUUAGAAAAAUGGCUGCAAGAGCUAGAUGUAGAAUCCAAACCCAGUUGCAUUGUUUCAGAUUUAUGUCUUCCAUGGACUUAUGAUCUUUCACUUAGGUUCAAGAUUCCUAGAAUUAUCUUCCAUGGCGUUUCUUGCUUCACUCUCUUUUGUUCUCACUCCAUUUCUCAGUCUCACUACAAGGUUCUUGAAAGUGUCACCUCUGAUUCAGAAUCUUUCUCAGUUCCUGACAUCCCUGAUAAGAUUGAAUUCACUAAAGCACAGUUACCAGAAAUAAGACAAGAUUUGAAACCGUUACUGGAAAAGUUUAAGGAAGCUGAGCUCUCAGCAGAAGGAGUGGUGGUGAAUACUUUUGAAGAAUUGGAGCCAGCUUAUGUUGAAGGAUACAGAAAAGUAGUUAAGAAGAUUUGGUGCAUCGGACCACUUUCUCUGUGCAGCACAAAUGGAACCUCAAGUUACGAGCAUCAUCAUGAGUCCCUGAAAUGGCUUGAUUCUAAGAAGCAAAGCUCAGUUUUAUACGUUUGCUUCGGCAGCUUGUGUCAAUUUUUAACCCAGCAACUGAUAGAGCUUGGCUUAGGCCUUGAAGCAUCGGACCAUCCUUUCAUCUGGGUUGUGAGAGAAGGAGAUUGUUCAAUAGAACUAAACAAAUGGCUAGUGGAAGAGAAAUUUGAAGAAAGGGUUCAAGGAAGAGGGCUGGUUGUUCGUGGAUGGGCACCACAGGUCCUGAUAUUAUCUCACCCAGCAAUUGGUGGGUUCUUGACUCACUGCGGCUGGAACUCAACACUGGAAGGUGUCUCUGCUGGUGUGCCGAUGAUCUGCUGGCCGAUGUUUGCUGAACAAUUCUACAAUGAGAAGUUAAUAGUACAAGUGUUGAGAAUUGGUGUGAGGGUUGGAGUUGAAGUGUGUGUGAACUGGGGAGAUGAAGAGAAGCUUGGUGUGAUGGUGAAGAGGGAGGAUAUUGAGAAGGCUGUGAAGAAGUUGAUGGAUGAAGGAGAUGGGGAAGGUGAAGAGAGAAGAGAAAGAGCUAGGCAAGUUGGAAAAAUGGCGAAGAGGGCUGUUGAAGGAGGCUCUUCUUAUUUGAAUAUGACAUUAUUGAUCCAACAUGUGAUGGAACUUGUAAAUAAGAAUGAUGCAGAAAAUUAAGUUACUUGAAGAUUGGAGUUAGUAUUAUCAGUUUUGGAGAUGUUCUGUAUUUAUUCACAACAGCUAAAGACAGGGUUCUGUAUUUAUUCACAAAAAAUUUGUUUAGUUGUAAAAUUUAAAAAUAAAUUAAAAGAAUAUAUAAAAAUAAUAAAAUAAAAGCAACUUU